UUCUUAGUGUCAAGUUUAAAAGUUCAUUAAGCAAAAUCCCUUACAAAAAUGAGUAUGAAGAACAAAGGCCCAGGUCCUGCGGCGUACGCCCUACCAACGGAAGUCGGCUACAAUCAACAUGAUCCACGAAAGGAUCGAAAACCGAUGUACUCGAUGCGGCCGACAUUUAAAAAAUGCUACGAAACAACCGGUCCCGGCCCCGCUACUUACGAUCUCAAGAAGCAAACACGCGUAGGUGGACCACGAGGACCAAAGUAUUCGCUGGGUUCUUCGAUCAAGCCAAUGAAAGAGGAUCUUAUCCCCGGACCGGGGGCACACAAUAACCAUCUCGUACCGACAAUGAAAUGCAAACGGCCACCUUUGCACAGUUUUGGACAGCGUUUCGAUGUUAAAAAUAACGAGAUCAUACCGGCACCGAAUCGAUACAAUGGGUUGAUCUACAUGACCCGUUUGAAGGCACCAUGCUAUUCUUUGGGGAUAAAAACGAAGGAGAUCCAAGGAUUGGAGGGACCGGGCCCUAAUAGGUACGGCGCUACAUCUCGCGAUGUCACCCAUAGGCGUGCUCCCUGCUACGGAAUGCGCGAAGCACAUAAGGAUAUCAAGAGUCAAUUGCCUCACCCUGCUCCGAACUGUUACGGUCUCAUGAAUCUACGCGUCGGUUCAACGGCUCCAAGUUACAGCUUUGGUAUCCAAUACCCCAAUUGGAAAGAUCCUAUGAUUAUUCCUGGUGAUAAUUGCUAGU